AUGGCUCUCAAGCGUUACCAGUCCCUGUGCCGCAAGUUGAGAACCAAUCCAGAGCGAUCCCGCAGCUACUCUGAAAUCAUCAACACAUGGCUGGAGAAAGGUUAUGCCAGAAAGAUGACAGACAGUGAAGUCCAUACACAGAGCCCCAUCACCUGGUAUUUGCCGCAUCAUGACGUUUACACUUCGAAUAAGACCAGAGUCGUUCAAGACUGUGCAGCCAGAUAUGCAGGGACGUCGCUGAACGACAAGUUACUUACAGGUCUAGACCUCCUCAACAGUUUGACAGCAGUUCUACUUAACUUCCGACGGGGAUCCAUUGGUUUAUCUGCAGACAUUGAGUCCAUGUUUCACAGAGUGCUGUGUUUGAAAACUGACAGAGACUGUUUACGUUUCCUGUGGUCUGAUGAUCUACUCAUUGAACAGCCUGACAUGUUUCAGAUGUGCGUUCAUCCAUUUGGUGCCAAGUCGUCUCCCACGUGUGCCAACUAUGCUUUGCGCUGUACAGCAACUGACAACACCGACAAGUUUUCUUCCCUAGCAGUUGAAACUUCACUGCGGAACUUCUACAUGGAUGAUUUAUGUACCAGUCAACCAUCUGUGGACCUCGCCAUAUCCUUAUCCCAUGAAUUGGUGGAUCUACUGAGCAUUGGUGGAUUUCGUUUGACGAAGUGGGUAUCCAACUCCAGAGAUGUAUUGUCCUCCCUCCCUGCAUCAGAAGUUGUCAUCAAGAACUUUGACCUCUAUAUGGAUGCCAUGCCUUCCCAGCAGGUACUUGGCUUCAUAUGGGACACUAAUGAGGACGCCAUAACGUUUAGAACCCUUCAAUCGAACCCUCCUGCAACCAAGCGUUGUAUUAUACGCACAAUUGCUACCAUCUUCGAUCCUUGUGGACUGUGUGGGCCAUUUAUCCUUGCUGCCAAGCAACUAAUGCAGAUACUUUGGAAGCGUGCGCUUGCUUGGGAUGAUGAUCUACCAGAAGACCUACUGAGCAUGUGGCAGUCCUGGUUAGCCGACCUUCCAAACAUUGCGGGUAUUCGAGUUUCACGCUGCUACUCACCAGACCUAUGGGAAGCACCAACUGUAGAAGUCCAUAUCUUCUGUGACGGCUCCGAAAUUUCGUUUGGUUCUGUUGCCUAUUUACGCAUUGUUUCCGCCAAUGGUACAAUUUCCGUUGCCUUUUUGCUGAGCAAGACCAGAAUUGCACCCGUGAAGAAGCUGACGAUGCCACGACUUGAGCUACAGGCAGCUGUACUAGCUGCUAGAAUUUACCUCAAACUUAAGGAGGAGCUACAUUUUGAUGUAACCAAGGCCGUUUUUUGA